AUGCGUGGACUGUACUUCGUGGAGAACCAGAACCGCACCAUGCUGUGCUACGUGUCCAGUACGGAGGACCUCAGUCCAUCCCCACUCACCUGGGAGAAAGAUGGACAGUUGCUGACAGGCAGGGGGGAGUCCAAGACUUCCCCUUCCCCGGGUUUCUACACAUACAGCAGUUAUCUGGACUUACCUGUGCAAGCGAGCGACAACGGGAAGAGCAUCACCUGUAAAUACAAAAACCAAAGCCCUGGAAGCUCGUGGAUUAUUUAUGUGAAGAAACCUCCCGACUACCCGACAUUGACGGGGGAGGUGAACGUCACCUGGGGACAAACCUACAACUGGACGUGCACUGUAGGUGGCGCCACUAGCCUGUCAGAGAGUGACGUCAGCUUGACCUUUAGCAACGCCUCGGCAAUUUCCUCCAGCAUCAGCAGCAAGUCGUCCAGCUCCAUGGGCGCCUACAACAUCACCACGUACACGGUGACAAAAGUACUGACUCUGACUAUUCCCAGGAACAGUUCGGACUUCACGGUGUCCUGCACCGUGGGCCACGAGCUUCUGACUUCGUCACGAGCAUCCAUUCUCAGUCUCACGGUUCUGUGUAAGUCCCUCCAAGCUGGUGACAAGAUUCUGUUCUCCUCCCUUCUCAGCCUGUCUAAACUUUGGUUCCUUCCUGACAGUUCUGACAAGUGUGCUAAGAGCCAUGAAGCAAAUAUCAAAAUAUUCAAUAAUAUUCAAACAAAUUACUAA